UAAAAAAAUCCCAAAUUCUUCAGUCCAUUUAUCGGGCUGCCAAAACCCUAGCUCUGGAUCUCCGCCCCUCGCCGGCGGCCAUGGACGACCCCCAGACCUCGGCCCUCCUCCGCGAGCUCGUCCUCCGCCUUCUCCCCGCCGGAUCUCCCUUCUCCCCUGAUGCCGCUCUUCGCUACUCCCGACGCCUCCUCUCCAGCCGUCUUCUCUCCCCUUCCUCCCUCCCCGCCGACGAGACUUCUCUCUCCGACUCGAUCAAGCGUCAGCUCGCGCUCUCCGGCCGCACUUCCGCUGCCCUCGUCUUCUCCGACCUGCUUCACAAGCUCUCGAUGCUCUCCGGCCCUGGAUCCCUUCGCCAGCGCCCCGCUCUCCUCCUCCUCCUCAAGUCUCUCUCUGAUCAUCCUGCUUCAUGCGUCCUUCCCUCACUUCCUCUUCCUAUCUCCAAGAAGACUGCAGUUCAAUCCACCGCCGGUGGCGUUGGUGGGGUGCUUAUGCUCUCGAAGGAUCCGGACAACAUCCGCGAGAUCGCACUGCGGGAGUACUCCGAUCUGGCCAUUGAGGAUGCCGAGAUAGACGAGCAAACUCUUGUUCGUGAUGUCCUCUACGCUGCCCAGGGCAUAGACGGUCGGUUUGUGAGGUUUGAUCCCCGAUCUGAUGGGUAUGAUCUCCCGGAAACAAUGAGAGUUCCGAGGUCGAUGCGAACUAUGGUGCGCCGGCUCUGUGAGCUCGGAUGGCUGUUCAAGAAGGUGCGCGGGUUCGUGUCUGAGAACAUGGGCCAGCUCGCUGCGGCGGAGGUUGGGACUGUUGCUCAGGCGUUUUGCUCUGCUCUGCAGGAUGAGCUCUCCGACUACUACAAGCUUCUUGCGGUGCUUGAAUCGCAGGCUUUGAAUCCAAUCCCGUCGACUGGGUCUUCUUCGGGGGAUUUGAGGAACUACUUGUCUCUGCGGAGGCUCGCGGUUUGGCUUGCUGAACCGAUGGUGAGGAUGAGGCUGAUGGCUGUGUUGGUAGACGGAUGCAAGGAUUUGAGAGGUGGGGCAAUGGCGGGAGCCAUUCACGGGCAUGCCCAGCACGGUGAUCCAUUGGUUCAGGAGUUCAUGGGUCGUCUCCUUCGGAGAGUUUGCUCACCAUUGUUUGAGAUGGUUCGGAGCUGGGUUCUGGAGGGAGAGCUGGAGGACUUGUUCUCAGAGUUUUUCAUUCUCAGCCAACCUGUAAAGGCGGAGUCUUUAUGGAGAGAAGGGUAUCGCAUUCAGACCUCAAUGCUGCCUUCGUUCAUCUCACAAACUCUGGCACAGAGAAUACUGAGGACUGGAAAGUCCAUUAAUUUUCUCAGGGUUUGCUGUGAGGACAACGGGUGGGCUGAUGCAGCUGCUGAGGCUGCUGCUCAUGUGGGCACAACCACAAGGAGGGGUGGGCUUGGGUAUGGUGAGACAGAUGCAUUGGAAGCACUUGUUGUUGAGGCUGCCAAGAGAAUUGAUAGACAUUUGAUGGAUGUGAUCCAUAAGAGAUACAGAUUCAAGGACCAUUGCCUUGCCAUUAAACGGUACUUGCUUCUCGGUCAAGGGGACUUUGUGCAGUACUUGAUGGACAUUGUUGGUCCUGAGCUUUCAGGGCCCGCAAACACCAUCAGCUCCUUUCAGCUUGCAGGGCUGCUUGAGACUGCGAUUCGGGCAUCGAAUGCUCAGUAUGAUGAUCGGGAUAUUCUUGACCGGUUGAAGGUUAAGAUGAUGGAGCAUGGUGAUGGAGAUAGGGGAUGGGAUGUGUUUUCGUUGGAGUAUGAUGCAAUGGUCCCCUUGGACACUGUGUUCACAGCCUCUGUCAUGAAAAAGUAUCUCCGGAUCUUCAAUUAUCUUUGGAAGCUUAAACGAGUUGAGCAUGCUUUGAUCCGGGUAUGGAAGACCAUGAAGCCUAAUUGCAUAGCUUCUUGUAUUUUUGCCAAAGAAGGCAUGGGAGUGAAGGUGCAGUUUGUGUCAGUGCUAAGGAGAUGCCAAGUGUUGUGGAAUGAGAUGAAUCAUUUUGUCACAAAUUUUCAGUAUUAUAUUAUGUUUGAGGUUCUUGAAGUAUCAUGGGCUAGGUUCUCUGAAGAAAUGGAUGUCACAAAGGAUAUGGAUGGUCUCCUUGCAGCUCAUGAAAAGUAUCUUAGUUCAAUCAUGGAGAAGUCUCUCCUUGGGGAGAGAUCUCAAGGGAUAGUUAGAACUUUAUUUGCAUUGUUUGAUCUCAUAUUGCGGUUUCGGAGCCACGCGGAGAUGUGGUUUGAACGAAUAUAUGAGUUGCAAAUAAGGGGGAGGGGUAAAUCAAGGUCAAAAGCAAAGGAUGAGUUCUCAAAAACAAAUUCAUGGCUUGAGGGAGGCAGGAAAGCAAUGAUGCAGCUUGCAGGGGAAUUUAUUCAGAAAAUGGGUGAAGACUUGGACAAGAUUGCAGCUGAGUACACAUCAUCUCUUGCUGUUUUUAUAUCUCAGCUGCCCAUGCAGCAACAUGUAGAUUUGAAGUUCCUUCUAUUUCGUUUGGACUUCACAGAAUACUAUAGUCAGCUUUAUCCCACUAAGUAAAAUAUCAGGUUACUGGAGAAGAAUCCAUAUGUGAGCCACCAUGAUCUGCAAUUUCUGCCUUGCUGUAUGACUUCACAGCUAUUCAUUAGCUAACACUAUAUCAGUUUUCUUGUUGUGUGUUCUCUUUCAUCCAAAUUGAUGAAGAUGUUGUUUAUCUGUUCAUACCUGCCACAAUGGUUUUGCUUGAUGAUCUUGAGGUAAAAUUUUUUUAUGUUAAACUUCCUGUUUACAAUGUAUUUGAUGUAUAUGUAGUGUUCUGCCAGUGGCCAUGGCCUGUUUUUUAUUUUAUGUUGGCUGGUUUAUUUGGAUUUAGUGAAAUGGAAUUCUUUUGAGUGAUGACAGAUGCCAAGUUGCUGUUCUCCUAA